AUGGACCUCUUCAACUAGCCAGAGCCAAGGACAUCCUGCAUUUCCUUAAAAGUGACUCGAUUGGAAACGACGGCGUAGCAUCGACAUAGCCAUAGAGUGUUAUGACACUCAGAUGACUAUGGGGGGCAGUAAUGCACUUUACCUGUUCUACUACUACUCUCCCGGAAAAGGAAAGAAGAAAAAAACUAAUGAACGCAACACGCUGACUGUAAUGCCGGGUGUAAACACACCACCACAGCCGAUAAAAUGAUUCGAAUUGAAGGCGUCUAAUUUACACUUGUCGGGACUGAACUAUUUGGGGGUGUUGGGCGCCUAUUAGGCGCUGGAGCCUGUGAGUAAAGUCAGUCAUGAUGAUGACGAUACCUUUAGGUAGGUAGGUAUGCGAAAAUGUGCCUUUGAUCACAGCUGAUCCGCAAUUAUGGCACCCAAAGAUCCACUGCUCACCGCCCUCAAAGUGUGUGUGUUGAACCUGCAGUCCGAUGGGGAGACGGUAACAGACAGCAACCCUCACCUGGUCUCAUGCUGUGAGCUUCUAGAGAUGGUCCUCAGGAAAGGACUCCAACAGCCACUUCUCAAUCUGGUCCAUAGAGACUACUGGCAGUGUUUUGAAAGGCUUCCCCACCAAGACACUUGUGGCAGGCUGUGUGCUUUGUCGUUGGCUGUGGAACAGACUAAAGCUUGUAGGAAGCUGCUCUCAGCUCAGGGUCGAGGUCGCUACCUGCUCAGAUUGGCUCUCAGCCGUAAGACCCUGCCACAAUUCAUCAGACACCUCCUGCACACGCCCAGAAUCCUGGAGUGGUACAGCCCGACCUUCUCAAUCCUGCGGAAUGAGGAAUUUUUAGAACCUUUCAUUUCGCUGCUGCUGGUCCUCUCUCACAUGGAGUUCAAAUUGGACAUGGAGAAUUGCAGUUUUUUGGAUGAAAGCUGGCUUCUACCGGUGUGCGAAACAUACGAAGUGGUUCCCUGUCAAGAAGUGGGAAUGGUUUUAAGCUACCUCGGUGGGCGCGUUUUCCUUCUGGACUUGACGCCUGGCAGACAGGCGCAUGUUGACAACUUCAUCUGUCGUGGUGACGUCAUAGACGAGAUCAACGGCACUUCGCUGAGAAACUCCAAGCAUGGACAGGCAGGUGUGGUCCUAUCUCGCUUCAAGGGCUGCCCACUGUCCAUCCGCAUUGUGAGAUGGAAGGCCCGGGACGGGACAGUGUAUCGUCCUCUUGUCAAACUCCUGCAUACUCUGAGGAUGGAGAACCCCUGGCUGCAGCUUGGUUCUGUUCCUUGCCAGAAUACAGGUGCAAAUGAUCAGAGGUCUUCCGCGCCAUCACAGUGUCUCAAAGAGGGAAGGCAAGUCAGUGCAAAAACCCUUAAAAUGAUCAAACCUAAAAACAACCUGUUCAUGCCUCUUCUUGACAGGAUUGUCUACAUUGUCCAGUUCUUGGGCAAAGCAGACAUCGGAAGGUAUGGAAGCAAGGAUGUGCUCCAGCAUGCAAUUUCCCAAGUGCUGCAGAAAAACCUGCAGAGCAAGGAAGUGCUUCUAGAUUUGCAGGAAACUCAUUUAACGUGCACUGAGAGCGUCAGUAAACUGAAACUGUGUGAGCAUCACUAUCCAGAGAUAUCAUGUGUUGGGAGGUACUGUCAGCCGGAUUACACAAUUUUGGGCUUUUGUGUUGUGGACUCCCCAGAAACGCCACCUAACUUCAGCUGUGUGGUAUUCAAAGCAGGCAGCUUUGAAGAGUGCAAGGACAUCGUCUGUCGUAUAGCUACUGGUUUCAAACACACAGAGUGGUUUGUAUGACAUGUCAAUGUGCGGGUGUAUUGUCAAUAAAAACACAAAAAUGUCUAUUCAUAAAGACCUUUAAUAGAAAGACAUGACAAAUUUCAUAAAUAGUAAAAUGUAGCUGCCAGGUUUUUUUUGUUCAAUGUUGGAAAACACGUAAAAAGCAGUCCAGAAAAAUAGGGCCUGCUCUUCGCACCAAUAACAGUGAAUAGAUUACCGAGUGAGCUGCAUUUUGUGCUAAAAAUGUUAUGUGUGCCAACAUGAGUUCUUGAGAAUUAGCCAUAACUUUUGACCAGUGAGGGGCAAUGGUGUCUUUAAAUGUAACGAUUUAUAUAUAAACAGGCAAAUAGUCCUACACAACUACCCAUUAGCUUGUGGAAUGGUUGAUGUCUAAAAUACGAUACAAAAGUCGCAAAAAAGAAAAAAUACCCAAGAAAUAAAGUCCACAAAAAUUGUUAGGUACGAUAAAUAGGAUUAUGUGUCGACAACGCUGUCAAGGUCUUGUUAGGCCCUUUCUCCCCUUAUCCUGCGGGCCAGCUGUAUGUCUUUGGGCAUGAUGGUGACACGCUUGGCGUGGAUGGCGCACAGGUUGGUGUCCUCAAACAAACCCACCAGGUAAGCCUCACUGGCCUCCUAUUAAAAAUAAUUUACAUAUUAGCUCCAAAUGUGCAUAAAUUCUUGAAACAGUCUCAUGUCAUACUAUGGUUAGUCACAUCCAUAUGGUUACAACUUUAAUAUUUACCUGAAGAGCACCAAUGGCAGCACUCUGGAAACGCAGAUCAGUCUUGAAGUCCUGAGCAAUCUCCCUCACCAGGCGCUGGAAGGGCAGCUUGCGGAUGAGCAACUCCGUGGACUUCUGGUAACGACGGAUCUCCCUCAAAGCCACAGUUCCCGGCCUAAGGGAAGAAAAUAUGUUGUACUGUGCAUCCA